AUGCCCGUGGCCGGAGGCGCGCGACUGCCAGGGGGCCAGCUCGCCCAUGGGCCCGCCAGGCCGCUCGCGCCAGGCCUCCCGACUUCGGGCGGCACGCGGAUCCGGACGGCCGACGUAGCCGCGAGGGCGGGGCGCAGGAACAGGGUCCCCAGCAGGCCGCCGCCCGCCGCGAUCCAGACAGCCCCGCCCGCCCCGGAGGAGGCCACGGAAAGGGAGGGCGCCCCCGAGGAGCCGUCGAGCCCGUCGUCGCGAGUGAGGGCGGUAGCGGCGAAGAUCAGCGCCGCCCGCGAGCUGGCCAGGAGGCUGGCGGAGGAGAAGCAGGCCGCCGUGGCCGCCGGGCUCAGUGAGAGUGCGGACGUGCGCAAAUUCACGGAGGCGGCGUCCUCCGCGGCGGCGUUCGAGGCCGCGCGGAAGGACGCGAUGGCGAGGGCGGCGAAGAGGGCCGAGCAGGGGAAGCAGAAGGAUCAACUUGUGGAACGCCUCCGGGUCCUCAACACCGGACUUAGGGAUCUGGUCAUGCAGUUUGCCAAUGACUCUGAAGUGGCACGAUCAAGGAUUGCAGAAUUGGAGAGGACUGUGGGGAGCAUGUUGGCAGGGGAUGCCGGCCUCAUCCCAGUCGAAGCAACACCCACCAAAACAGAAAUUGUCCCAGAAGUUCAAAAGGAUGUACAUAUUGAAGAAAGUUUACCAGCAGCAACGCCUCUGGAAGCAGUGCAUGCUGCGCCACCUGCAGACUCUGCUGAGCUGCUCCUUCGAGAGAGUGCCCAGCAAGCAUCGAGUGUUGGCAAUUCCAUCUUCACGUUGCCCCAAGGGGCAGUUAAUGUUGGCAAGCCAGUACGGAUUUUCUAUGAUUGCCAUCAGGGACCCCUGCCCUCCAGUGACAGCCUUAUACUGAAAUUUGGGGUUAACAGAUGGGAGAGCAUCCAGUUGGUGAGCAUGACCAAGUGCACUGGGCUGUCCAACCUCAAUGGUUCAGAGUGGUGGGAGGCCAACCUGACUCUGCCAAGGGACAUGUACCGCUUCGACUUCGUGGUGAUGGACAAGGCCACUGGACUGGUGGACAACAACCACUCUUCUGACUUCCAAUUGGAGCUCAAGGGCGCCCCAACAGAAGAGGAACUUCUGGAGAAGGCCAUUAAGGAGUUUGAAAAGAGUGAGGAGCAGAGGGACAGGGACAUCUUGGCAGAGAUGGACAGGCUGAGGAAGCGAUCUGCCUCGGAGGCAAAGGCAGCUUCUAAAGCAGCCCGAAAGAGGUUCCAGGCGGCGAGACAGGAAGACAUGAUGGCCAUUGCAACAGCUUCUGCUGGCGAGCGGCGUGCACAGGCGGUGAAAGCCCUUGCGAAUGCCAGCCAGAGCAUGGAUGGCAUAGUGCAAUGGGUUGGGGGAGCCCUGAGACCGGCCUCCAGGCGAUUGUUGGCAUACAACCGCUUGUCUGGGCCACUGGCGCAGUCAAGUCGUGUGUUUGUCAACAUUGGGACGGAUAAUUGGUGGGAGCAGGAAAAACAGAUCCUUGAACUUGAGAGGCUGGGUCAAAAAGAGGUAACAAAGCACGGGUUGGGUGCUGCUGCUGGGCCCCAGCGCGACUGGUGGGGUGUCUGGAUUGAUAUUCCUGCCACAGCUGCUGUUCUCAAUUAUGUCUUCGAGGACGGCAAUCAAGAGGUGUGGGACAACAACAAGAACAUGGACUUCCACACAGCAAUCCAGGGCCCACUGCCCAUUGACAAGCUCGUGCUUCUCACCUAUGAUAAACUCAGAACACAGUCCAAGGAAAAUGACCGAUUGCGGGAGGACCAGGCAGCACAGGGCGCUGCACAGAAAAUCUUGCUAAAAACAGAGUCAUUCAUGCGAAGGUGGAAGGCACAGCAGGAGUUUCUGUACACAAACCCGCUCAGGCCAAAAGCGGGCAGCACAGUCGAGAUUUACUAUCGCCCAGACUUGACGGUGCUACGUGGACGCCCAGAGGUGUAUGUUCGGGGCUCCUUCAACAGGUGGCGCUCCUCAGUGUGCUUCACGCCAAUCAGGAUGGAACCCGUGCACUCCAGCGGAGUGGGAUUUCUGAGGGCUGUUGUUGAGGUACCCAAGGAGGCACAUGUCAUGGAUCUUGUAUUUUCGGACACUGGAGAUCUCCACGGGGGAUUCUAUGACAGCAACAAUGGGCUGGACUUCCACAUCCCAGUAGAGGGUGGCAAGGGCAAGAUGGAGCCCAUUCGUGUAGCACACAUCACUGUGGAAAUGGCACCAAUUGCAAAGGUGGGAGGCCUUGCAGAUGUGGUGACAGCUUUGGCAAGAGCGGUGCAGGAUGAGGGCCAUGAGGUCGAAGUGUACCUCCCCAAGUAUGACUGCAUCGACUACAGUGUGGUGCAGGGGCUUGAGAACAGUCAGAGCUUUCACUGGGGUAGCACACAAAUUCGUGCGUGGAAAGGGAAGGUGGAGGGCGUCAAUGUGACGUUCAUCGAACCCCACAAUGGCAUGUUCUGGGUCGGCUGCAUAUACGGCCGGAACGACGAUGCUGCACGGUUCAAUUUCUUCUGUGGUGCUGCUUUGGAGUACAUCAAAAUCUACAACAUCCAGCCUGACAUCGUUCACUGCCAUGACUGGCAGACAGCACCUGUGGUGUGGGGGGACAGGCAUAAUACCCGAUGCGUGUUCACAAUCCACAACCUGAAUUAUGGUGCAGAUCUUGUUGGCCAGGCAAUGGCGCGCUGCGACAUUGCCACUACUGUGUCCAAGACGUAUGCAGACGAGGUCAGUGGACAUCCUGCGGUGGCGCCACAUUUGCACAAAUUCUAUGGCAUUCGCAAUGGUAUUGACACAGAUGUCUGGGAUCCGGCACAAGAUGUUUACCUCCCCACAAACUACACAUCUGAGACUGUGAGGGAUGGAAAGGCCCUGGUCAAGAAGGCAUUGAGAGAAAAUCUUAAUCUACCAGAGCUCGAUGUUCCAGUGGUCGGCGUCGUCACUCGACUGACACCCCAGAAGGGCAUACACCUCAUCCGCCAUGCCGCCUGGCGCACGCUGGAGCGUGGCGGCCAGUUUGUGCUGCUUGGCUCUGCGCCCGACCCAGCCAUCCAAAACGACUUCAACGUUCUGGCGCACCACCUGGGCGAGCAGUACCCCGAGCGUGUCAGGAUGGUCUUCGAAUACAACGAGCCCUUGAGCCACCAGAUCUACGCUGGCUGCGACAUGUUCCUUGUCCCCUCUAUCUUCGAGCCGUGUGGGCUCACUCAGAUGAUUGCCAUGCGCUAUGGGACAGUCCCCAUCGUCCGCAGAACGGGGGGUCUCAAUGACACAGUGUUUGAUGUGGACACCGAUGCUGAGCGGGCGGAAGCGGAGGGGACGCUGGUGAACGGCUUCAGCUUCGAAGGUGCUGACGCUGGCGGGGUGGAUUAUGCCCUCAACAGGGCCAUCUCGGCGUGGUACAACGACAAGGAAUUGUGGAGCGAUCUUGUGAGGAUUGCCAUGGAGAGUGACUGGAGUUGGAACCUGCCGGCUUCAGACUACAUCGACCUGUACUACAAGGCAAUGAAGUGA